AUGGCCCACGAACACCCCGCAGAAUAUUUUAUGGAUUUCUGCACCCGCAACACUACCAUUGUCGGCACGGAUGAAGUAGGGUUUCAAUCCUUCAGCGACAGCGUGCCCAGAAUCGGUACCGAGUGGCGACGCGGUCACUUUGCUGUCCUGCUUGCCUCCAAUUAUGGUGCUAUUGUUGCCAACAUCAGCGGAGCAAAUACUGUCAACAGCGUGAUGGACGCAUUCGACCGGGAAUACAAUGAGGCUAGCGAUAACUUCUUUAGAGAUGAUUGGGAACAGGCACUUUGGGUAGUGGUGCCAGAACAUUCCGACACGACCGCUUCAGCUUCAGCAAUCACCGACAUCGAAGAAACAAUCAUCGAAAGAUUGGCUCGUCACGCAGGGAUGCCCGAACCCGACACGAAGUUCUAUGAUCCCGACCUGCUCCCCCAAGGGACGAGUGUGUCCAACCCACCACGUCAGUCCACCGCACCCGUGGUUCUACGCUGGUGGAAUAUCACAGCUGGUUAUUCUGGCGGGAGAUGUUCGAUUUGGUGUCGUGGUCGCAUGCUGACGCUUUUCUCUGAACUGCCCGACUUGGAUUAG